UUUCAAUCUUCUUAUUAGCACUCUUUCUUCUCUUCCCUAAACUUGAAUUACACAAAGAUGGUUUUCAAGAUUGAUUUGAGUGGUCGCACCGUGAUCAUUAGUGGUGGUGUGAGAGGCAUCGGUCUCGCCAUUACCGAAUCGGUUGCCAACGCAGGCGGUGAUGUGGCCCUCUUAUACCACUCCAACCCAAAAUCUCAUGAAAUUGCCGAGAAUGUAGCCAAGAAAUACGGCGUAAAGGCAAAGGCAUACCAAUGCGAUGUAGGUGAUCGUGAAUUGGUGAUCAAGACGAUCCAACAAAUUGAAAAGGAUUUCGAACAUCCUAUCGCUGCAAUGAUGGCAAAUGCAGGUGUUUCAGUCGUGAAGCCAGCAUUGGAAUUGACAUCGGAAGAUUUCCACAAAGUGUUCAAUGCAAAUGUCUUGGGUGCAUUUAACUGUGCCCAAGCCGUUGCUCAACAUUGGGUAAAUGAGAAGUACCAAGGUGGUUCUAUCGUUGUCACCUCAAGUAUGAGCUCAGAAUUGUACAACCAAAAAGGUUUGAACGAUCCUUUGACUCAAAUUUUCUACAAUGCAAGCAAAGGUGCAGCAACAAACAUGGUCAAAGGAUUAGCAGCUGAAUUCGCACAAUACAAUAUCCGUGUGAACGCAUUGGAACCUGGAUUUACAAACACAGAACAAACAUCUGUCAUGGAUAAAUCCAUUCGUGAUUACCAAGCAAGCUCUGUCCCUCUUCGUAGAUUUGCCGAACCACAUGAACAAGGUGAUGCAGCUUUGUUCUUGAUCAGCGAAAGUGCUUCUUACAUCACCGGUACACACUUGCGUCCCGAUGGAGGUUUCUCUGCAUAUUAAGUGUGGUAGCAUAGCACACAGUCUAGUUAGUCUAUGUAGUACAAUAAAUAGUAUAUAAUGUUUUGAAUUUCAUGAUCAUUUUAUGAAUAAAUAAUUGGAAUGACAACAAUGAAGGAAUU